AUACCCUUCAAUCUCCGCCUACAGUCUCAAAAUCAUCCCUUCUCUUUCACCACACUAAGCCCGUCAAAUGGCAGCAUCAUCAUCAUCAUCCCUAUCUGCAGCCUUCGCUUUCCUCCUCCUGGCCAUGGCUCAUCUCAUGAUCAUCGAGCCGUCACAGGCGAUCAACUGCAUGGACGUCGACCUGGCGCUUCGCCAGUGCGUGCCUUAUCUGACAGGGCAAGCAACAGACCCCGCUGCAGCAUGCUGCGACGGGAUCGGCCAAAUCAAGAGCAUGGCCACGACCACGCCAGACCGACAGGCUGCGUGCAGCUGCAUGAAGGCGGCCGCAGCGCACCUCCCCGGUCUUGUAGAUAGCGCUGUGAGCGCCUUGCCGGCGAAAUGCAAUGUUCCUCUGCCUUACCCUAUCUCUGCUUCUGUUGAUUGCACCAAGAUCCAGUAAUGUGGAAGAUGUUAAAGGGAAUAAAAGCAGGGCAUGGCAGUUCAACGUUUCUUGUGUUUUUUAGUGUUUCUUUUCUACAAAAUAAAUGAACUUGCAUGGUUAAUCCUUAUUAAGUUACGGAGCGGAGAACGU